UGGUGACAGUAUGUAAAAAAAAAUUUUUUCAUUUUCCCAAAAUUAUGACAAAAAAAAUACAACUUCAAAAAACUCGCCAUGCCUCUUAUGAAGUACAUCGGACUGUCUACUCUGCAAAAAGGGGUCAUUUGGAGGAUAUCUGUACUAUUCUGACAUUCUUGGACCUCAAGAAAUUAGAUUGGCUGUCAGUACUUCAGGAUUGAUCAAUAUUCAGAUACUGUAUAUCGUUUAAUAGUUUGUGAACUCUAUAACUUUCCUACAAACUAAAAAAUACAUCCUAAUUUGGGUUAUUUUCACCAAACACAUGUAG